CUAUUUCAAUUUAGAUCGCCCUCUCUCUCCCUCAGCAACAAAUACACACACGCAUUGUAUCUGUUGUACUAAUCUCUCUCAAUCUCUCUCGAUCUCGAAACACUCAGUAGUAGUGUUUCUCGCUCGCCUUCAUCUUCUCCGGUCUUCAAUUCACUAGUAGCAUUGUUUGUCGACCGACUUCAUCUUCUCCGGUCGUUAAUUCACUCACUAGUUGAGUGUAGAUGGAGACAUCGGAGACUUCGAAGGACUGCGUGAGAGUCGCGGUGAAUAUUAGGCCUCUCGUGACAGCUGAACUAGCUGUCGGAUGCACCGAUUGUAUUUCUGUUCCUCCCGGUGAACCGCAGGUUCAAAUAGGAGCUCACACAUUCACGUUUGAUUAUGUUUUUGGCAGCUCUGGGCAGCGUUCCUCGCGAAUUUAUGAGGAAUGUGUUGCUCCCCUUGUUGAUGCCCUUUGUCAGGGAUAUAAUGGCACUGUUCUAGCUUACGGGCAGACGGGGUCAGGAAAAACAUACACUAUGGGGACGAAUUAUAAUGGAGAAGGGCAGAAUGACGGGGUCAUUCCUAAUGUGAUGGAAACAAUUUUCUCAAGAGUGGAAGCUGCUAAAGAAUCCACGGAAUUCCUAAUUAGAGUGUCAUUUAUUGAGAUAUUUAAGGAGGAGGUAUAUGAUCUUCUGGAUCCGAAUCCAGUGCCAUUAUCUAAAGGUGAAGGAAAGCAAGCUGGUCCUGCAAGAGUUCCGAUUCAUAUCAGAGAAACGGCAAGUGGAGGAAUAACACUUGCUGGUGUAACUGAGGCUGAAGUCAGGACGAAGGAAGAAAUGGCUUCUUUUCUCCUGCGUGGUUCUUUUUGUCGUGCUACUGGAAGCACAAAUAUGAAUAGCAAAUCCAGUCGAUCACAUGCAAUAUUUACAAUUUCGAUGGAGCAAAAGAGGCUUUCUUCUUCAGCUGGUGGGGAUAUGCCCGAUUCAAACUGUGAUAUUCUGUGUGCGAAGCUCCAUUUGGUCGACCUUGCAGGUUCUGAAAGAGCGAAAAGAACUGGAGCAGACGGAUUGCGAUUACGAGAAGGCAUUCAUAUAAAUAAGGGUCUGCUUGCUCUUGGUAAUGUGAUAAGUGCCUUAGGUGAUGAGAAAAAGCGUAAAGAAGGAGGACAUGUUCCCUAUAGAGACAGCAAAUUAACUCGUCUUUUACAGGAUUCUCUUGGAGGAAACAGCAAAACGGUAAUGAUAGCUUGUGUAAGCCCUGCAGAUACAAAUGCAGAGGAGACACUGAAUACUUUAAAGUAUGCAAAUCGAGCUCGUAACAUCCAAAACAAAGCAAUCGUCAACCGUGAUCCAGUUGCUGCACAAAUGCAAAGAAUGCAGAAUCAAAUCGAGCAGUUGCAGGCUGAGCUCCUUUAUGUUCGUGGAGACUCUGGUACACCAUUUGAGGAACUUCAGAUGUUGAAGCACAAGAUUUCUUUGCUCGAGGCAAGCAAUGCAGAGCUACAGAGGGAGCUUAAAGAACGCAUGAUCAGCUGUGAGCAUCUCUCAAAACGAGCUAUUGACGCCCAGGUAGAAAAAGAUAAUUUGAUCAUGAAACUCGAAUCUGCUCGAAGUGGUAAAUCAUGGGAAGAGAUCGACUCUGAUUCAAAUCAGGAUAUUGGGCUGGUUAAAAAAUAUGUGACAAAGAUCCAAGAAUUAGAAAAUGAAUUGCUUCAAAGACAGAAGUCGAAUACAUCGAAGCACAAUGAACUUGUAGAUUACCUUGAAUUGGAAGCUGUUGGUUUUGCUCCAAAAAAUUUAUUGUUUGCUGAGUCUGAUACAGUAGCUGCAGAUAUUGAUGGUGAGGCUGAAGUUGGAGUCAAAGAGUUAGAACAUUCUAGUAUACAAGAAAAACUGGAUAUGGAGCUUAAAGAAUUGGACAAGAAACUUGAACAAAAAGAGGCUGAAAUGAAGCGGUUCGCGGGUGUUGAUACAUCAGUCCUUAAACAACAUUACGAAAAGAAAGUUCAGGACUUGGAACAAGAAAAAAGAAAGUUGCAGAAAGAGAUUGAGCAACUGAGGUGUAAUCUUUCAAAUAUAUCAUCCACUUCCGACGACAGUACUCAAAAGCUCAAAGAAAAUUAUCUUCAAAAGUUAACUUUUCUCGAGUCACAGGUUUCUGAGUUAAAGAAGAAACAAGAUGCUCAAGCACAGCUUUUAAGGCAAAAACAGAAGAGUGAUGAGGCAGCAAGACGUUUACAAGAUGACAUCCAGAGGAUAAAGAGCCAAAAGGUUCAACUACAACAAAAGAUCAAGCAAGAGUCCGAGCAGUUCAGAUUAUGGAAAGCUUCACGUGAAAAAGAAGUUCUUCAGCUUAAGAAAGAGGGAAGGAGGAAUGAGUAUGAAAUGCAUAAGCUAUUAGCUUUAAAUCAAAGACAGAAAAUGGUUUUGCAAAGGAAGACGGAAGAAGCAUCCCUGGCUACAAAACGGCUCAAAGAGCUAUUAGAAUCCCGAAAGGCUGCAUCGCGUGGACCAUAUGGCGAUGGAAGUCGAAAUGGUCCUGGCAUUCAGGCAUUGAUGCAUGCAAUUGAGCAUGAGAUUGAAGUGACUAAACGUGUACAUGAAGUACGGUGUGAGUAUGAGCGUCAAAUGGCAGAGAGGGCUAAAAUGGCCAAGGAGGUGGCAGAACUGAAGGAAGAAGCACAAGCUCUUAAACGAAGUACUUUAAGUGAUUGUCCUCAGGCAAUGUCACCAGGUGCCAGAAAUUCAAGGAUUUACGCUCUUGAGAAUAUGCUCUCGACGACAUCGAGCACUCUUGUCUCUAUGGCAUCUCAAUUAUCAGAAGCAGAAGAGCGAGAACGAGCCUUUAAUGGCUCUGGGAGAUGGAACCAAAUUCGAUCCCUACCUGAUGCGAAGACAGUUUUGAACUUUCUAUUUAAUAUAGCAUCCUCUGCAAGGUGCUCACUAUGGGAUAGAGAAGUAAAUUGCAGAGAGAAGGAUUGUGAAAUUAGAGAUCUGAAGGAAAAAGUGGUGAAUCUGAUUGGGCAACUUGAAAUGCAGAAGGCUGAGUUUAUACAUCAAGAGAAGUUGUGGAAAUCUGCUUUGAAAAAACCUCACAAGGAAAAGGAAUCAAACUCUGGGAAUUCCAUACAGAGCAAUGACGAAGUACAUGCAUAUGACCUGCGGAUGAAGGGAUCUCGGAAGUCAAUGCUCUACAAUGGUGCGGGAAACUUUGUCGAGUUACUGGAAGAUAUGGAUACAUCUGAGUCGGAUCACUCGAGCUGUGAAGUUGAUGAUGUUGAUUGGGAAUAUUCUAGGAUUGCGAAAGGAAGAAGACGCAAAACCAAGAGAAAAAUGUCUAAAUCUGAUGAAAGACAUUUAGUUUCACUGUCGAAUUCAAGUCAUUCUGAUGACAAAGAAACAGUGGAUACGAUCCCAGCAGCGGAGCAUGAUAACAUGUUGAAGGAAACGUUUGAUGUGCGCUGUUGUUCUUGUAGCAAACAGUCCUUUUGCAAGACAUCAAAAUGCGAAUGUCGAGUUGCAGGGGGUAACUGCGGUGUUUCAUGUAGUUGUAAUCCUAAGAAGUGCAGCAAUAGGGAAGUUAGUAUCAAGGAUUUGGGUGCUAUGCCUCAAUUAGAACUGCAUGAAGGCACAGGGAAUGUUUCCAGCAUUGAUGAAACGGAGACAAGCCACACUCUUGCUUCUCACGGUGCAAUGUUACUUAACACAGCACUUUCGAAUAUUCCAGUCGAGACUAAGAAUGACACUGCAGCAAAGAGAAAGCCACUAUCUGACAUUGGGAACACAAAGGUAAUGUCAGAUGCACCAAAGCCUGAACAGAGGAAGAAAUGGCGCAAACCAUCAUUCAAAAUAGUUCAAGAAGCUCCAAUCUCUUCUCAAAUAGAGUGUUCUGAAGUUCCAAACAACACACAAAGUACUGUAUCCGAGUCUGAUGUUCCUCUGAAAUUACCAAGAGCUAUGAGAUCAAUGUCAUCGGAUACCGUUUUGAAAGAAAGGAACUUUGACCAGCCGAAAGGUCCUGUCACUAGCAAGGAGGUUGACACUCAAGUUCCAAGAAGUCCGUGCCAACAAGCAAGACCAGAUGACAAGGAAAAUGGCUGUUAAGGAGAACGGCAGUUUCUAAAAUUUUACCUAGAGUAUUGCUGAGCCUGAAAUAUAUUCGAAUGGAAAGUUUAGUGUGCUGGUAAGGAGAUUAAUCAAUCUCCGUCCCCCCACCCAACCAUCAGUGGAGCAUAAUUUCACCUUUCAAUGUAAUUAAACAGCAAUUCUGUUCACUACAAUCUGUUUAACCAGAACUAAUUAUGUUUGCUGCAAUCUGUUUAGCAAGAAAUGGUUUUCCUGUUUUGGGAUCUGAAGUCGAAGAAAAUGAGAUUCUUGAUUACUUUCGA